AUGACCACAAUGGAAGAUCACAUUUCCCCUGCGUACUACUACUACGUGGAUCCUGCCACGGUUUACCAACCUCAACAACCCAGCCCGGUUGAUGACCUAAUAUCGCUCUAUGGGCUGCAGGACCUUUCGCGACAAGUGGCAAGAACGAAUCCAGAUGGAACAAAAGCAGUGAAACUGCGGAAAUCGUACAAAAACCAAAUUAACGAUCUUUCAGGUAAGUUCUCAGUGAUUCCUACUCGUGAGAAUGGCAAAGGAGGUGAAAUAUCGCAAACUUUAUUCCAAAAUAACCCGGAUAUGAUGCCCCAAGUACACAGAACACCCGAUAUGUCGUCCGAACAAUGGCGUCACCUGAUGAUGGAUAGAGACGCGGCGUUGUUCAACGGUGACAACAUGGACUGGAACAUGUGCGAGAGCGUGCUCACACAGUUUGAAAAGAGUUAUCCUGCGGAGUUCCAGUCACAAGGGUUCCAAGUCGAUGACCUGGCGUUUGACUUGGAUGGUAGCGGGAACGCCAUCAAAAGCAGAAAAAGAAAGAACAAAUCCAACGGCAGCUCGAUGGCUACGCCAAACAGCGAUAUGCAAGAGGAUUUGAAACGGAGAAGGUUGGAGUAG